GAACUUUAUGACUCAUUUAGUUGCAGAAAUGGCAUAUCAAGGGGUUAAGGAUAGUGCUGGUAUCGGAAACAUCGAAACGAAAAAACCUUUGUCUUUCAGCUUCAGCAAAACUGUCAACCGACUUAAAAUCCCCGCAACAGCGAAAUUAGAAGGGUCAGGGAGUGGAAGCGAGGAAACCACUCGGAAAGAUUAUGUGACAGCAGUAGAGGGGAAAGAGUUACAAAGUGUUAACCCUGUGGAAAAGCCCAAAGAAUUGGUGAUCCCCUUAAUCCAGAAAAACAGAUGGAAAAAGAAAGGAUCAGAUGACAGACAAAAGGAAAGAACAUCUGAGAAAGAACAAGAGGAAGACCAUGUGGUUUCACAGGCUAUCCAGGAAUUAAUAGACGAAUCUCAGAAACAUAAGGAACAGUGGAACACCGAGGUGAAGGAUAACCCAAACUUAAAGAUUCCGCUCCUUUUGCAGAAUCGAGUCCCAGAUGGUUUCGAAGACGGAGAUAAAAUCAAUGUGGAACUCAGACCAGAUCAAUCCACAGAUACAGAUUAUGAGACUGUUCCAGUGGAUGCUUAUGGAAUGGCCAUGCUACGGGGAAUGGGCUGGAAGGAGGGAGAAGGAAUUGGACGAACCUUCAAGCAAGAUGUGAAGCCCAUAGAGCACCAGCUCCGUCCCAAAGGUCUAGGUCUGGGGGCAGACAGAUCAGCCCUUCAUAGUCUGGAAGAAUCGAAACCUAAAAGGCCACUAAAGCCAGGGGAAGAAAGAGGUGAUGAAGAACCUAAGGAGCUGACAUUAGGAAGCCUGGUACAGUUAGACAAGGGACCGCACAAGGAAAUGUAUGGCAAGGUUGAAGGAGUUGAUCCAGAUAAUGCCAGGGUCAUGGUCAAGCUCGCUGUGGGUGGCAAAAUAGUAACAGUCAGUCAGCAUGGACUGCGCCUGGUCAAUAAGAAAGAGUAUGAGAAGUACGGCAAAGAUCUAAGUCGCUUAAGUAAAGCCCAUAAGGAGAACCAGAAGAGAGAAAUGGAGGAGAAGGAGCGUCUUCACAAAAGUGCAAAGUCAGAGAACCAAUCUAAGGAGACAUCAAGGAGUGGAGACUCUGGUAAACAUUCCAGCAAACACUCAAACAGAGACCAAGACAUAGAGAAACAGAAGGAAAAGAAAGAAAGAAAAAGAAAACAUGAAACCAACUCAGACAGUGGGCACACCAGCAGUAAGGAAAGUAAAACUGCCUCAAGGGAAUGUGGCUGGCUGCGAAGAGAUCUGAAGGUCCGUUUCAUUGACAAACACUACAAGGGUGGCAAAUUCUACAACUCAAAGAUGACUGUAGAGGAUGUUCUUUCUCCUGAAACUUGCAUUUGUAGAACAGAGGAAGGACAGUUACUAGAAGGUAUAAAGCAAUCAAUGUUGGAAACUGUCAUUCCAAAAAGAGAGUUUGAUAAGAUAAUGGUUGUCCUUGGAGAGCACAGAGGCUUGGUGGGGCGAAUCCUGCAGCGAGACAGGGAAAGAUAUCUGGCCAUCGUACAGCUGGACAGGUACGAAGACAGUGUUUUCAAACUGGACUAUGAUUCUCUCUGCCACUACAUUGGAGCUCCUGAUGACUGAAGAGCAGUUCAGAAUGAAAGUUACUUUUUUAUUGACUUCUAAGUGCACAAAGAAAAGACUUUGAGAAAAUGUGAAUGCUAGCUGGGAUCUGGAUGUGCUUAUGCCAAUUUGUGUUAUUUUAAAAUCCUUUAAGAUGGAAGACUUUCUCAUCUGUGAUAAGAUAAGAAGAUAGCCCAGUAUGUUCAUGCUUUAUUUUUAUAUUUCCUAUUUGGUUUCACCCAGUUCAUUAAACACCAAUUUUUCUUAGCAUUAUUUCAAGCUGUGGUACAGACUACUACACUAAUAGGUCUGACAUGCAAUUUCAGUAGUUAUUGGAAAUGCCUGCUGCAUGUCUGACCUCCAGCCCCUAUUCUGAUUCCUUGUAGACUGUUUGCCACUAGCCCAGCCAUUAUUCCACUGGAUUGUUUUUGUGUCUUCAUCUAUGAUGUUAUUUUAGUGUUUCUCUAAAUUCUGGUAUGUCAUUAGAUAAGUUUAAUUUCUGGUGCUGUAAACAUUGCCUCGGUUCUGCUAACAGCUUUUUGUUCAGCUGAUGGAAUGGCACGACAUAGGUGUCAUAUACAAAUAGCUCAGGAUAUUGCACAGAGUAUGCUGUAUGUAGAAAUAUUAAUGCUGUUUGUUAUUCAUCUUACUCCCUAUCGACAUGUACCAGAAGUUCAAGCUACCUUUGCUCAGAUGAUUUUCAGGAUUUUUGUUUCUGUCUGAGAGUACAACUCUUCCAGCUGUUGCAGUAUUUCCUAAAACUUGAGUAAGUGGCACCACUAGGCCUGCUGAGGACUGCUUCUCCACCACAUAUCAAAAGACAUGCGUCUGGAGUGUUUCUUCCUGGGCCUCUGCUGAAAAUGGGCUCUGUCCCAGUCGGACUUUCCCAGUAAAUAAAUGUUAAAUAAAAAAAAUAAAUAAAAAUAAAUAUCUGAGUGCUCUUUUAGGUUGGUGUAAAUCUCUGAUACGUAAGUUAAUUCCUACACUGUGGUUUGCAUAUUAAAUUGUGCAUUGUCAGCUAUUGAGCUAGCUGCUCCUAAAUAGUUAGUGUUAAUUAACAUCUUGCUUACAUAGUCUGUAAACCAUGCUGAAUUUUUUUGCUGAAGUUUUAGUUGGCCUCUCUUUAGUAGCCAGCUAAUGACAGGAAUACUGGAUAUGCUUCUGCAUAUGUUUAUAAAUAAGCAGCAUUACCUACAGAUAAGCUGCGUUUUAAGGAGCAUUUAAAUCACCUAUCAACACUGUAUCUGUAUAUCCAUGCUGUUAAUAAACAUUUUUGUAACAUA